AUGGACGUAGAUCGAUCGCAAAUCGACGCCUAUUUCGACUCCAUCCCAAUCCCAUCACUUCCCGCCAUGAUUUCCUUCGACGAAGAAAUCGCCGCCAUCAAAGCGCGUCUGAACGCCGCGAAAAAGAAAGCAGAAGACGAAGCCCUCCGCGCAGAGAUCGCGCUCGUCAACAAACGCAACCUCGAGAUCGAGCGACGCCGCAAACUCGACGCCACGCUCUUUUCCGGCAUGAAGCAGCUUCAGGUUCAACUUGACGCGCGCACGGAGCAGCUGGUCAAACGCGCGAAGGAGAUGGACGAUCUACGUGUUGAACAUCAUGAGAGUUGUGAGAUGUUGAGGUUUUUGAAGAAGACGUUGGAGGAUAAUCAGUUGGGUGAUGAUGUUGAGUAUAAAGAUGCGUUUGAUAAGAUGUAUGCUUUUCAUUGCGGGAAGGUUGAGAGGGAUAGGGUGUUUGAGGAGAAGCUUGAAGGGGAGAAGAAAGAGUUGAGUGCUAGGUUGGCGGAGCGGGAGCGUGCUGUUGCACGGAGUUUUGAGGAAGCUGAUGGUGAGAGGAACAGGCGAGAAUUGGGCAAGCAGGCUGCAGAGGAACAAAAUACAGAGGAGAUGAGUGACUCGUUUCAACAGGAAACCGACGAAGAAGAAGCAGAGGAUGAAGCCGAAAGAGAGACCGCAGAAGUAAGACCGACUCAGGAGAAUGGAAACAGAACAUUGCUAGCUAUCGAUCUACGUUUGGAGAUCAAAGAUGACAUGAUCGAAGUCGUGUCAGUAGUUCAUUCAGAUGUCGCCAGCAACCCCGACCACGAAGUAAAGACUCCCAGCCGAAAGUUGCGUCUCACGUCUGGUUCUCCUUUGCUCACGUCGUCGGCUGUUUCUAAAAUUCUGGAACAGACGGUGGAUCGUUCUCAGCACGCUUCUUCAGCUGUUUCUACAGAUGGAGAACAUAAAGCAGAGGAUCUUCAACACGUGUCUUCAGCUGUUUUUACAAAGCUGGAACAUCGAGAGGAAUCAACUCAACAUCCGACUCCAGCUGUUCCUACAAGUUUGGAAUGCAAAACGGGUUCUCUUCAGCACAGCUCUUCGGCUCCAAGUCAAGGACUUAAGGCUGAUUCUCCUCAGCGCAUGUCGUUGGGUGGUUCUACAAGUACAAAGCAAAAGGAGGAUUCCCAACCGGCGUCUUCAGCUGUUUCUACAAAUCUCGAACAUAGAGCGGAUUCACCUCACGGAAAGAAGUGCAGUGAUACGACCCAGCCAGCUGCCGCUACCGAUGACACUGCCUCUCCUGCUACCAUCAAAGCGUGCUCACCUCACGAGAAAGAGCGUGUUACUCCACCUCAACUAGCUCCCGCUAUCGAUUUCGAUGGCACUGCCUCUGCUACUAUCUUAAAGGCGGACUCAGCUCCUGGGAAAGAGUCGGCUACUCGAUCCCACCCAGCUUCCACCACUGAGAUCAUUGCCCCUCCCACUACCCUUAAAGUGGAUUCAUCUCAUGGAAAACAGUGCGGUACUCCACCAAACCGAGCUGCCGAGGCUAAGAGCACUGCUUCUCCUACGACCUCAAAAGCAAAUACCCCUUUUGAACAAGGGUCCAGCACUCCAAGCCACCGAGCUGCCAAGACUAAGGUCGCAACUCCUACUAUAUCCACAGCGAAUACACCUGUUGGAGUAGAACCCGGCACUCCAACUCACAAAGCUUCCACGACUGAGAUCGCUACUCCUGAUACCUCCAAAGCGAAUUCAUCUGUUGGAAAAAAGCCCGGCACUCCAACUCAUAAAGCUUCCACGACUGAGAACACUGCUCCUCCUGCUAUCUUUAAGAAAGAAGACUUUCCAACCCUACCUCCGGUCACAUGGCCUCAAACCCAAGAGCCGUGGGUAGAAAUCCCACCAGCAGAGAGAAAACCUGUUGUGAAGCCAAACGCACCCGCACCUGUUUUCCCAAAGAGGGCUGAACCGCCAACAGACUUCACCAAAAUCCAAACCUCAUACAAGAAUGCGCUUUUUAGUGCUCCUCCGCCAGAAACUGCCGAACCAGUGAUCGAACAAUCAACCGCGGUACCCAGGACUAAAGCUCCCGAGAUCAGUUCCGGCAAGCACGUACCGCCGCAAGAUAUCGUUCCUGUCCAGCUGGAAAAUUUGCAGCAAACUUCCUCCAGACGGGGUCUCACCGCUCCAUCCCUCCCCGAUUGUAAGAAGGAUGGAUUCAAAUUCAAUCAAAUGACAUGCCGUCAUCAAUGCCACUGGGAGAGAGUUGAGGGUGGCGGAACUUGUGAGGGAACCCUGGAUUUCGCACCUGGCCACAGCAGCAUUCCCUGGAAAGCUCCUCUCAAAUGUCCCAUGUGCGGUACAAUUUUAUGCCACAAGUGCAAAAAAGCCAUUUGUCAGUAUUACAGUGUUCCCAAGCCUGCGAGUGAUCAAAGUCUUGGAAGUACAGCCGAAGAGCAAAACACUAUCGGUCAGUCAAAGAAUGUCGAGGGGUCGAAGAAGGUAGAGGAAUUGGUCCAGCCAAAGCCGAUGAUGGAGUUAAAUCGACCGAUUUUGCCACACAUGAGAGGGCUUGAGGAUUUGUAUGCCGCAAAAUUGAAGGUAGUAAAUGUGAAAGAGAAUAUUGAGCCAGAUGAAUGGCCUUUGCCAGCGGAAGCUAGUACGGGCACGCCCCCGCUUGACAAACAGACACAAGACACUUUGGAGACACAGAGCUCACCAAAACCCAAAACUGGAACUCAUCCAGCCACUGCGCAGGCAGGAUUGACAGCAACGACAAAGGAUGUUGCCUUGGGUGUUGAAAGCUCACAAUUGGCCAAUAUGCAAGGCGUCCCUAAACUUAACACCUCUGGCGAGGUUACAACACCCACGAAACAGAGUAAAAGAUCAAACCAAAACGCAUCAACACCGAUCAGACGCAAACCUGUGAACAAGCUGAGCACGAGCAAUGGUAGUUCGAGUACAACAAAUGGUGGUCCAAGCCAGCUUGAAAAGAAUUCAGCAACCACGCAGCAAACCUCAGCUCUUCAGCCAGAGUCGAACGGCAAGGCAGAGUCGAACGGCAAAGCUCAAGGAUAUAAGAAGGAGGCCAAAGGGCUCAAAUUUGUACAAAAUUCAGGUAGUGAAAUGUCACACGAGAGUGAUUGGGAAGAUUGCGAAGAUGAAAUACAAGAACAAAAAGGAAAAGGUAAAGAGGUUGCCAAGAAGGAUAGUCCCGCCACGCCAAUCAAGAAGAAGCACGAGAACAGCCAAAGCAAGAUCGAAAAAACUCUUACAGAGUCGGGAAAGAAGAAGGCGCUCGUCUUGAUUUUGGACAAACCGACAUCUCCUCAUAUGCGCGGUCGUGAAACGCCAGAUAUCACGGAUUAUGCGUCGGCUGUGAAGAUUGGAACUCCGGGAAGUGAAGAGGGGACAGGGACAGCGGGGAGCGAAGAGGGUUCGUAG